AUGAGGAAUACUAUCCUCCUCUUAACUAUUCUCUCCUUUAUGAGCCAAGUUCUACCAGUUGAUAGCGCUUUCAAGGAGAUCUGUGAGCGUCCAAAUGGUUCCUGCCAGAUUUUUUGCAUUGAAUCAGAAAUACAGUCUGGGAACUGUUUAAAUGGCCAUCCCUGCUGCCUUCCCAUGGGAAACCUACCACUUGUUGAUUUUACUACACCUUCAAAGAGAUGA